UGUCGCGCACGGCCACCCACCCCUCUAGGCUGUCAGGCUGCGGCUCCAUGGCGGCAGCGACCGAGCGGGGCCUAGGGAGCGAAACAGAAAGCUGCCCGCCUUAAAGGCGCCGCGCGCACCUCGUUGCGUCACCGGCAGCGCACGCACCCAUUGGCUUAAGACUUGACAUCUCAAGAGCCUCACUGAGGAUACCAAUGUCAUCCAGAUCUGGCAGUGCAAGAGAGGAUGAAACUAGUGAGCAGCUGCUCGGCCGUUCAGCUUCCCCACCAGUCCUAGAAGCUAGUGAAACUGAGGCUGAAGGCUUGAUAUUUUAUCACAUGGAUCUUUAUGGAUCAAAGGAAAGGUUUGAUAUCUUUCCUGAAGAGCUGUCUGGUCAAGGAGACAGAUCUAUGGGGGAUAUGAAAAGGGACUCUGCACCAAGUAGUGAAAAUGUUCGGCACUCACAAGAACCUGGAUAUGAUUUGGGAAAGGAGGUUGCAGAGUUGGCUAAGAUGUAUGGAAUUGAUGAGGACAGAGAAAAAGAGCUUGAGCUUCUUGGAGGACAUACGGAGAUGGUGGAGAGCAGAUGGUCACCUGCUCGCAUAGGAAAAGCAGGAUCACCAGGCUCCCUAUAUAAUGCAUCAAAAAGCAGCUCUCCAGCAAGAAAUCACAGUCAAAGCCCAAAGCAAGAGGGACAUCCUGGCAAGACUUCUCAAGAUGAAGAACAGAACAAAGCCAGAACAGAGGAUGAGAGCCCCAUAUGGUCCAGAGAGGAGCUUAGCAGCAGCAGCAAGUCAGAGGAGUGGAACAGUCAGGCUGUCAGUGAGGAGGAGGAAGCUGCAGAUGUUUUUUGUUCUACCUGCAAGAUACCAAUCCGAGCAUUUGACAAACUGUUUGGUGAACACAAGGAUCAUGAGGUGGCUCAGCUCCCUGGUGCUGUGGAAAGUGAAAAGGAAGAGAUUCAUAAAAACAUGUGCAAGUUGGAAGAGCAGAUUGCCCAGGUGGAAAACUUUGCCAGUCACUUGGAGGAAAUCUUCAUCACUGUAGAGGAAAACUUUGGGAGGCAGGAGCAAAACUUUGAGGUGCAUUACAACGAUGCAGUGCAAGUGCUUGCUCAGAAGUAUGAAGAACAAUUGGAAGCUCUAGGGGAAGAGAAGAGGCAGAAGCUGGAAGCUUUGUAUGAGCAGCUAGUCACUUGUGGGGAACAUCUCAACACCUGCAAGGAGCUGACAGACACAACACAGGAGCUUUGCCUGGAAAACGACAAAGCCAGUUUUAUGAAGGCAGCAGUAACCAUGGUUGAGAGGCUGGAAGAAUUCUUGAAGAAAGAAGUGGAUUUAGAGCUAUCAACACAUCCAGAGUUUGAAGAGCGGGUCAUAGAUUUCUCAGAAGUUGAACAACUAAUGAACUCCAUUAAUGCAAUCCCAGCUCCUUGUGCCCCUAUGAUCAAUCCCCAGGCUCCCAAUGCAGCAACUGGCACCUCACUGAGAGUUUGCUGGAGCCUCUUCUCAGAUGACACUGUUGAGUGCUACCAACUGUGCUAUAAACCAGUAAGCCAUGAGAGGCACAGCGAUGAACAAUCAGAGCAUAUGCUAAAAGUCAGAGAAACGUACUGCACCAUUACUGAUCUGCUGCCCAACACACAGUAUGAAUUUUGGGUCAGUGCUUUAAAUGCCUCUGGUAUCAGUCCACCAAGUGAGAAAGCAGUUUAUGUAACAGCUCCUUCACCACCUACUAUAAAGACUGAAAAGAUCCGAAGCUGUGAAAAUGCAGCACUGGUGUGCUGGGAAUCUAGAGACCUUAACCCUGUUGAUUCCUACACAGUUGAGUUGUCCAAGAUGACAGAUGAAGAAAACAGCAAUAACAUUACUGAAUCUAUUGUUGGGAUUCCUAACUGCGAAGUCCUAAUUCACCUCCAGCCAACACAAAGCUAUCGCGUCUGUGUAAGAGCCCUAAACCUGGGCGGUUCCAGUGAGAGAAGCGAACCUGUCCUGAUACACACCACAGGCACCUACUUCUGCCUUAACGAGGACACAGCCCAUCCUUUACUGGCGAUUCUAGAUGAUGGAUUUACAAUUGCAUGUGAUGAACUGGAAAACCCAGAGUGUGAUCUGCCUGUCUACGAUAACAGCUUUACAAGGUGCAUUGGGAUCCUGGGUAGUCUGAUCCCAUUUCCAGGAAAGCAUUACUGGGAGGUGGAAGUUGCAGAAGAUACAGAGUACAGAAUUGGUGUGGCUUUCGAAAACACUCCAAGACAUGGUUAUCUGGGGGCAAACAACUCAUCCUGGUGCAUGAGGCAUAUCAUCACACCAUCAAGGCACAAGUACGAAUUCCUGCACAGUGGGAUGACACCAGAUAUCAGAUUUACUGUGCCCCCCAGAAGAAUUGGCAUCCUGCUGGACUAUGAGAACUGCAGACUCUCAUUUUUCAAUGCAGACAUUGCCCAGCAUCUUUAUACCUUCAGCUCCCACUUCCAGCAUUAUGUCCACCCUUGCUUUGCACUGGAAACACCUGGUAUCUUACAGAUACACACUGGGAUUGCAAUACCCCCAUGGGCUGCCCUCCCAUAACCCCUGUUCUGUAGCUACAUCUAUGGAUAACCUGCACUGAGUGAUGCCCUUUCAGCAUUAGCUGCUCCAUCAUGGCUCCUGUAAGCCUGCUCUCUCCCAAGAGAACAAAGCAACCCUGACCCAAAACAGCUGCCAGGCCUGAGCCCUUGUGACAGCUUCUGUCCUCUUAGGAUCUUACUCAGCAGAAAGCCAUUUUGAUUAGAAGAUCCGUCAGCAUUCACUUCUCCAGAUAGAAACUGACACCAUCUUUUUGGUGAUGCUGUCACCAGGCAGCAGUGCCAGCUGGAUUGCUGGUGCCCCAGUACCCAUCUGAUGCCUAGGGAACUCCUCUGUUCCAGACCAAUCAUUAAUUCCACUCUUGAAUCUGAUGAAGAUCUAAAAUUUCAAAGGAAAACGAAAAUAGCAAAAGGCAUUAUCACUGUACAGUUGCUAGACAGAGCUGAAAAUACUCCGACCAUGAAGCUGAUCUCACCAUCAAGAUUUUUGUUGCUACAUGAAGUCUGCGGCACAAGAUUAUCAAAUACGCCUCCCCUGUGUGUGAACUGUUGGCGCCUACCACACACAGUGAGGCUCUCUGGAAUACCCAAGCAUGCACUACAGUCUGAAAUAUUAAAAGACAUUUUUACAGAA